GGGGAGAGGGAGCAAGGGAGGGAGCGAGAGAGAGAGAGGGGGGAGCGAGAGAUGGCUCGGGAUUUCGCUGUAAUCAUGUUUGGGGAGUAUUGAUUUCGAGAGCGCACUCCAAUUGGCAGCAUCUCUACUAUACAGCGCCGGCGCGUCAUCCGCGGUUCACAUCGACGGAACGAGUUGUAAGCAAAUGAGAACAUGUGUGGGAUCUGAGAGAGUGAGAAAAGGCAAGGGGUGAUAGAGAGGAGCAAGAGGGGGUGUGAUAAAAGCCAAUUUUAUCGUUCCUGACAAGUGGAUGCGAGAUUUGAUUGCUGGACUUUUCCCUCCCACCCCUUUAUAUAUAUAUGCGUGUAUGUAUAUUUAAAUAUACACACACACAUGUAUAUACAUUUUUUUUUCAGAAAGGGAAUUUAUCGAUUCGUCACAUGCGCACGCCUCUUCGUUAUAAUUGCAGACAGUUGGGUGCUGUUCAGGCUGAAUGGACUUGAAUGUGCCGCUGCCAGCUUAAUCCGUGCAGACUGGAAGAUUUAAUAAUUCACGGUAAUCACGCAUUGACGCCUCGGUGGAUGCUCCCCGCGCAGCCCUGGUGAUUUUUGCCCCUCUUUUCCGAUUCUUCCUGUUGUCUUGUGGUGGAUUUAUCGACGGCUGCUUCGCUCCUUAUCUGAAAUAUCAUCUGUUGCUGCAACUGGAAUGAAAAGCCCUCAUGACUGACUCUGGCACGCGUUUGAGACUGAGCGUUGUAAGGUGAUGUGGACUGUCAGAUAAGAAGCAUUUCAACCGCCAUUUGGCUUUUUACCCUGGGUAAAAUGGACAAAAAAUUGUUAUUACUUUUAUUACUUCUCUUGUCUCUACACGCGAGGCUGUGAUUUUGCUUGCAUUCAUCAUGAUUCUUCUACUCCACUGAAUUGCCGCUUAUUGAUAGAGACUGAGCGUUAUAUCUGUAUUACAAGGCAGAUUCCAACGUGAAGUGGUAUUGAAGACCGUGGGAUACGUGAAUCGUGGAGGUGUUUUGCCUCCCUUCCUCUUGUUUUGAUUUAUUCCAUUUUCAACUGAAGGGUAAAUGUUGAUGAUGGAGGACGACGAUUUAGACGCUCAUCAGGUUGAUUCGGAUUUCGAGCCGCAAAGCCGGCCUCGCUCAUGCACCUGGCCGCUACCGUGCCCUCAGGAUUUCCCCGGCGGACACGAGGUGAGCGGAGGUCUUCCUCUGGCCAAUAUCAAGGUGGAACCGGAGGACGUCCCGGCUUGCAGAGCGGGGCUCGUGGGCGGAACACCGGGAGACCUGAAGCAUCCAGCCGGCGCCCUGGCACCCACGGGCGCGACGCACCCAUGCUUGGCUGGCGCGGCGCUCGAUGUGACAGGACCCUUGCGCAAAGCCAAAUCUUCGCGGCGGAACGCGUGGGGGAACCAGUCCUACGCGGAUCUCAUUACCCGCGCCAUUGAGAGCACCCCAGAAAAGAGACUCACGCUGUCACAGAUAUACGACUGGAUGGUCCGUUAUGUGCCCUAUUUCAAGGAUAAGGGCGACAGUAACAGCUCUGCUGGCUGGAAGAAUUCCAUUCGACACAAUCUAUCCCUCCACACACGCUUUAUCCGGGUGCAAAAUGAGGGGACGGGAAAGAGUUCCUGGUGGAUGCUGAACCCAGAUGGAGGGAAAAUGGGAAAAGCUCCCCGGCGACGGGCAGUCUCCAUGGACAACAGUACUAAAUACCUAAAAAGCAAAGGCCGCAUCAGAGGCAAGCGGGUUGGACGUCCUGGGAUUGGAGCAGGAUCUGCUGUGGUGGGGCUUCAGAGCUCCCCAGACCAUAGCAGCCCAUCACGGAAAGGCCUGCCAGGAACAGGAGGUGCAACUGGAACAGAUGGAGAGUUUGACGCUUGGACAGACCUCCAUUCCAGGGCUAGUUCCUCAGCUUCUACUCUGAGUGGGCGUCUGUCACCCAUUCUCGCUGAGGGAGAGCCAGAGGAACCAGAGGAGGGUGUCCUGUCCUGUUCCACCUCCCCGCACCUCUACCCCUCCCCAACUAGUGCCCGGUCUCCAACCAUGGGGGCAGGGACUCACUGUCCUCCCCUCGAGCAGCUGCCUCAGCUGGCUAACCUGACAGGUGCCAUCAGUCUGGAUGAACAGAUGAUGGAGGAUGGUUAUCUUCCUCAUCGUCCACAGCAGCAGCAGCAGCAGCAUCAGCAGCAUCCAGCCGUUGGUAGACAUAAGCACCAGACUCCUGUCUAUCACUACAAUUCUGGAGUGAAGGGACAGAGCUCCUACAGUGCAGGCAUCUAUGGGGCGACGGGCAUGGGGAUGCUGCGUCACCACUCACCAAUGCAGACAAUUCAGGAGAACAAACCAGCCAGUUUCUCUGGAACAAUGCGGACAUACUCCAGUACCAAUGCCCUGCAGAGUCUAUUAACAGGAGGGGCAGCAGGGCAGCAAUACUGUUCCAAGGACAUGAUGCUGGGACAGGAGAGGGAAAGACAUCCUAUGAUGGGUCAAGCUAGUAAUGGAGUUGGCUCCAACCAUCACAGCCACCACCCAAGCCACCACAAUGGCCACAGCCACAAUGGACCUCAUAGUCACAGCUCAGCUCUUAGCCAUAACAGAACUCACAGCCAUGCUAGCCAUAAUCACAACAAUGUAACCAAUCACAACCACAACUCACCUCACAGUCUCACUCACAAUGGACACACCCUCAGCCAGAGCCAUAACCACACACCGCCCCGGGCUGCGGCCUUGACCCCACGUGGCCACAACAAUCCAUUGCAGACCUACAACCCCAAAUCUCCAUACCUGUACAGCCCCCCAUCACAUGCCCACCUCCCUGCUUCCACUACACUCCCCCCAAAUCCAGCUGGUAUGCUUGGUAUACCCCAGGACUCCUGUCAUGUGGCCACUGCCCCACACCCACGUCACAACCAUUACUCAGACCCGCAACAUCAAGGUAUGACAAACGGACUGUAUCACCCUGGCCAAGGAAUGGGCAAUGGUACCAUUGGUAGCAACUAUCAUAGCUAUCACCAACCACACCCCCAUGACAGACUACCUGCUGACCUUGACAUUGAUAUGUUCCAUGGUAGCUUGGACUGUGAUGUGGAGUCCAUCCUCCUCCAUGACAUUAUGGACUCUGGGGAGGAGAUGGACUUUAACUUUGACUGCUCCUUAGCCCAGGGAGUGGGCAUUGGCAUGGGAAUGGGUAUGGGCGUGACCAUGGGCAUGGGGAUGGGAAUGAGUGGACUGGCUGGUCCACAGCAAGCCCAUAGCAACCAGAGCUGGGUGCCUGGCUAAAGUCUAAAACAACACAUUCUACCCUCAGAAAGAACUACCCUGCCCAUGAAGCACUGUGCUCAACUGUGACAUCCCCGACUUCUCACAAAGACUACAGGACCAACACUCCCAUGUCCUUUGGUUGUCUUGACAAUUCCUCUGUCACCCCUCCUCUUUUGAUCCCACUCUCCCCAAGAGAUCUAGUUAACAUGUCACAUUAAGUUUUUCCUUAUAUCAGCUAUACUGUGAUGACAAUCUCUCAGCUGUGCUUGCCCAACAUCACUUCUCAUCUACCAUGAGAACUGAACUCUGAAUGCACUUUAUCGCAAGUGGGUCACAUCUCGCAGUGCAAUGGCUUCACAGAGCAGCUCAGACAGAGCUUGGCAUGUUUUGUAAGGUGGCUGCAGCAUUUGACAGGAACAAAUGAGGAAAUCAUAAGCUCCGCUGACAAAGUGUCAGAACUAGGCAUCGAAUUAAAAUUGGAAUUCUGAUAAGCUGUCAUUAUCAGUUUUUUUUUGUUUUUGUUUUUUUGGUUAUUUUGAAUUUUUUGGAGUGAAUCUUGUAUUUUCUAAUCUGCUACUUCUUCCAAAGUUCUUCCAAAAUUUGAAAGAUGAAUGAAAUAUAUUUUAUUUAAGAUUAGUUGAGAUGUAUGGAAAAUUGGUCCCAGAUUCUUUCAUAUUUCCAGACGUUCCAAUUAUUUAUCUUACAUCAGCAGCCGUGUUAUUUAUAGCCUCACGCAUUUAGUCCUUGGUGCUUUGACUUCUCUCUUGGAUGUAACAUUUUGUUAAUGGCCUUUUGCUAUUGGUUAGAGAAUAUUGUCACUAUGACGUUAAAUGGAUUCUAUCAUUAGUGUCUAGCAAGCAAUUUGGUGAAUUAAAAUGUCAUAUCACCUUGCCUCACCUGGGCUUCUAGUACCAGUUUUCUCUCUGUUUCUCUGCUUCCACAUACCCUCCCCUUCUCUCUGCCUGCCACUGGAGACAAAGUGACCAUUCCUCACACUGAGCCAUUAAUGUAGCUUGAUUGAAAUUCAGCAUCUUGCUUUUAAUCUCCAAAGUGAUGUGGCAGCGAUGUGUCAUUAUUGAGAAUCUAACGCGUUGUCCUUCCAUCUCUCACCCUGGCUGCCCCGGCCACCGCUCUCCUCUGUAACUUAAUGCGCCAAGAAAGUGAGACAAAAUGGUGAUUAACGCCAAGUCACUCUGCCUGCUGUCCUGCUCUGAGAAGGGCCAAUGUCACUGUCCACUUGCCUGUUCCAAGUGGGUACAAAAAACAAAGAUGGAGACAAGGAUGGAACAAAGGCCUGUUGUUGCAGUGGGAUCAAUCAUCGGCCUCAGUUUCAAUGCUCUUUAGAUGUGUGUCUGAAAACAGAUGGUGUAGUCACCUUGUAAAUCAUCUCCAUAAUCUGUAUUUUGUUCCCUUGUUCUCAUGUUUGCAGUGCUUACUGUACCCUGAACUUCACAAAUUCACAAAUAUGUGCAAAGGGAGAGUUUUAAGGAUAAAACAAUCAACCAAUCUGAGUGGCAUGAGUCUAAACAGGAUUUUAUUGCCCCACAGCCAUCCACAUCCAGUUUUUGUGUGUUUAUUCUGUUGUCUUGUAGUUGUUGUUGUAUUGUUGAAAUUCUAAGGAACAAUGAGGACAGUGCUGAAAUAUCCACAGUGUAAGGAUAAAAUCCAUUGGUGAAACGAUGUUGGUAGUGCAGUAUGACCUUCCUAAGCUCCAAUACCAUGCACCCCUCCCAUACUGUAUGUGCUCUGCCCAGUUGUUUAAGUGUUUGUGAAUGGGGGGAGUCUGAAACUUGUUUCCUCACGGCCUUGAGAGAGAAAAAAAGAGGACACCCCUAUCCUCUAGUUCCCUCAAGGAGACUCUCCGCAUUUGGUCUGUACCAAUGCGGCACACAAAAGAAAAGGUGGGGGAUAAGGGUGGGGUGGGGGUUAUUGUUACAGCCAAAGGUCAAGCAUGGCACAGACUAUCAGACCCAUUACCGAGGUAAAUACCUUUAUUUCAGGGCUUUUAGCCGCGCUGGUUCCAGUUAAUUGCUGUGUGGAAAAUGCGUGGAAUUUUAUAAGAAACUGGGCCUCAUAAAGCAGUUAUGUUAUAUUCUAUGCUACAGACAUUUAGCAAUGCCCUGCUAUUGGAAAGAGAGCUAUAUAUGAUGUCUAAUUUUCUUAUAUUUAUUUAUGAAAGAGAUUGGUCUUUGUCACUCCUAAAUGUGGUAGUAGUCAACUCCUGUCCCUUCCUCUUUUUUUCUCUGUUUUUUUUAAGAUGUCACUCUCCCGUCGCCCCUUUUACUGACUUUUAUUUUGUACAAAAUCUAUAUAUUAAAAAUAUUGUAUAAUAGUUUUUAAAAUCUCAAAGGAAUAUCAGUUUUGUUGUCUAUUUCUUUUUUAAGAGAAUGUAUCUGAUCAUUUGGUGACUGUUAAAUAAAUGAAAUUAAAA